UUUUUUUACCAUCAAGAAUAUCAUAGCUUGAUUACACCCCUCCACCUUGGUUUAGAGUUUAGAUCUAGAUCUAUAUUCUAUAAUAAUAUAGAAUCUAUAUAGAUCUAUAGAGUCUAGAUCUAGAUAUCUAGAUCUAUAUUAGUAGAUCCAUAUUAGGCUAUGGUCUCGGAAUUAGGUGACUGUAGUUUGCUCUUGAUUUUGUAUUGAAAAGGGAAGUUUUAUCAUCAAAACCAUCUGUUGGGGAGUUUUGAACUAAAAAAAGAUAAAGCUUACUCAAGAUGUUAAUGUGUGCAGCAACUGUUGUUAUCUUCACUGGCUUUUUAGCAGUAGCCAUUAUGUCCUCAACCUUAACUGUAUAUGAAGUGGAAUUUGUUGAUGGCAUGAAAUGUGACAUGUGGUCAAAAGUAAAUAAUCUGCUGUGCUUUGGUGGAAAUGUGAAUUUUCAAAAGCCACCACAGAACAUAGGUGAAGCUGUGUACAUAGAUAUCACUUUAGCUGAUUCCAACAUAAGCAAUCUGUUAUCCAUCAUAGAUUUUGAUGAAUGUGGGAAUCUAUCAUUCAUGCUGGAGCAUAAAAAUAAAAAAAUGUGUGCAUGCACAGGUAGCCUGAACGAUAUGUUCAAUUACACUUGUGCCAAGAGAGUUAAAACUUCUGAUAGUCAUUCUAUCAUUAGGGCAUUCGUACAGAACUUGAAUGGACAAAGUGUAAUUAAUGUAUCUUUCAGGUUCCCAUUAGUUAGCAAAGAAGAGUCUUCUUCCAUUCCAGAAUCUGAAACUACAAAAGCAAAGCAAUUUGAAAGUGUAUCUUCUUCCAUUCCAGAAUCUGAAACUACAAAAGCAAAGCAAUUUGAAAAUGUAUAUACAUGGUUAAUGGUGGUUUCCAUUGCCACAGUUGUGAUUCUGUUUAUUGUGAGUGUAUUUCUGGCUAUUUGCUGUUUCUAUAUCUGGAGAGCAAACAAAAAAAAAGCUCAAGUAAUACAGGAUAAAGAUGAAGAAAUUAAAAGAUACAAAGAAGAGAAUAAUUUUUGGAAAUUACAAGUCUCACAUAGCGAGAAUGAACUCACCAUAGUAAAGAAAGAGCUUCAGUGUUUCAAGGAUAGGGCUGCUUUAGAACCACAUAAUAAGUCAACUGAGAUGCUACCCUCUAUACCUGUCUCGACAUCUAAAUAUCUGAAACCAAAUUUGACAAACUCAACAUUUGUACAAGAACCUUCUGAUGUAAUGGAUGAUUGUCUGGAGUCUGGGAACAUACCUUUGCUUAACAUUAGGGUAACAGAAGAGGAUAAUGACAUAUUUGAUGUAAAUAAGCCAUUUAGUGAUUAAAUUAAUCUUUGUUUCAUUUGAUGUACUUUUAAUAUUUUUUUAUUAAGUUAACAUGGAGGCAAUUUCUAUAUUGUUUCAUCAACCUACCAAAAAAAGUGUCUGUUCUUUAUUAUUCCUCAAAAUUGCACAUAAUGAUAAUAAUUUUCUAAAAAUAAGCUGGUAGGAGAUUUUUGUUUAGAUCAUUUCCUCUCACACAAUAGUUUAUGACAUGACUCCUCAGUUUUAUUUUGAUGUGAAAUUGUAUAGUCCUUUCUCAAUCUAUGUUUAAAGCAGAAUGGAUUUGAUACCAACAAGCAUGAUUUGAAAUUUUGAUUGAAAUAAGCAGACACGAUUGUGUCUGUUCCCUCUUUUGAACCUCAUGCUUUUUCACAGUAAUAAAAGCAUUAACUUUAAACAGUCUAAUUCUAGUCCACUGAGAAAUUGAACUGCUUUUUCUGUAAUUUCCAAAAUGGCGCUAUACCAUUGCACCAUUUUUUUCAGUACUUGCUGAUCUCAUUAAAAUUUGAGUCAGAUUCUAAGAAUUAACAACCAAUCAUAAUAAAACUACAUGUUAAGCUUUGCAAAUCACUGCACCCAUGUGUUUACAUUGAAUUGGUGUGGUUUUACCUGAUAAUUUGCAAUAAACAUGAACUAGGAACAUAUAAGGUAGGCAUAGGCUUGUAAUAAACUUAAAGUAUUGAUAUUUUAGUUGAUUCAUAAAGAGAAAUGUUUUUCCUUCCAUUGAGAUUGAUUGAUAAGAAAACAAUUUGAUUUUUCAUUAGAUCUAGAGCUUGAAAGAAAAUAAGUAAAUAGGGGCAUGGCCCUCAGGAGCUCAGUGGACAGUUUGUUUCAGGGUACAGGGCUGGUAGGGUUAACAUUUUAAAAAGUUGUCAAUUUAAUUCAUUGUUAUCUCACUUUUAAAAAAAAUCAUAUUUUUUAAGUAACAAAUAUUUGGUAAUGUGUUGAUGAAAUCACUCUUCUACUUCUACAUGCAUUGUAUAAAUAAUAGUAGUUACAUUUAGUUUAAAACAUUGUAUUUCUUAAAAGUAAUAGUCUUCUAUAAACAAAUUUUAGCUUUGUUGAUCCAUGUUACAAAUUUACAUUUUUUAUCAUGCGAAAUUGAUGCAGGCACAAAAAAAAAAGUUACUACCAUGUGUUAUUGUUUCAUUGCAUUUAUCCUCCAUGUAUUAUUAUUGAUAACUACUGUUGGUUAAUGUUAUGACUAUGGCUUGAAGUGAGAUGUUUAGUGUUUACUAAAGCACUAUCAACUGAAAAUCUGCAAACCAAAAGUACCAUAAAACUGCAAUAAUUUAAGAAAUCUUUAUGUCAGAACUUAAGAUCUUUUAAUUUCAAAUGUGUAUUUACAAAUUGUCUUAGAAAUUUUUUUUAUUUAUGAAUUGUAAUGUUUAAAAAAAUGUAAAUGUUACUUUCUCUGAAUGUAAGGCACAGACCAUAAGAAGAGAAAAAAACCCUAACAGAUGCCUUCUUUUCUAACAGAGGUUUUAUCAUCUUUAUUUAAAUGUGAUAUUGGGGGUUUUAAAAUUCUACAAUAUUUUAAAAUUAAUUAGGCUGAACAAAAUAUUUUUAUAAGAUCAAGAGUUUUUAAUGUUUGUUUAUACAAAUGUUUAUAAUUGUUUAUCUUUUGAUUUGUGCAACUGAAUAUACUUUGUGUGUAUUUUAAAUUAAAUAUUUUUUUAACAUCUCCAAACUUUAGAAAGAUAAAAAAAAUUAUUGUGUUAGUUAUUUUUUAAGAUUCUGGCGUAGACCACAACAAAUAUCUUUCAACUCUCUUGGAUGAAUUGAGUUUUAUUUCUGCAUCUAAAAUCUGAGAUCUGUAAAUUUAUAUUCUUGCCAAUUUUAUGUUAGAAGUGUAGGUCAUAAAAAAAAACUACUUUUAACUGCAUUGAAUGUGUUCAUGAACGUGCAAAAAUAUGUUGCUAUGAAAGAUCUUUAUUUGCCAAUGUAUACAUCUAUACUAAUUGCAUGUCAUACUUUCAGUCUUUUCUAGUCAAUGUUUUAGGCUUUAUAGUUUACUUGUGAACUGUGGCUGGCUGUCUAUUCAAUAUUUUAGUUUUUAUAGUGGACAAGUGACUGUGGCUGGCUGCAUUGAAUGUUUUAGGUUUUAUAGUUUACUAGUGUUUAAUGUUGCUAAAAUAUUGUUAAGUAUUUCUGAUCUUCUGGCUAGAUGUACUAGUAGGUAUACAAAUAAAAACACUGUAAAGAACUUGACGACUCAACUUUCAGCUUCAUAUAACUUUAUUGACUAUUAACUCUAACAAUUCGUCACUGUAACAUGUAGCGUAGAAGACUGUACAAUAUCUGUCAGUUUAUAGUUAGCUAUACUUCGUUGCAAUUCAUCUCUUCUCAACUUGCAUCGAGCUGUAUUCCGCUCUACUCAGCUGUUCCAAGUCAUACUCAAGUCUACCGAAUCAGAGCGUACACGUCUUACAUCGACUGUUUCGACUGUAAAGGCUCAAGUCCACUGUAGUUCGCUGUAUAGACUUUAACGACAGUAGUCCACUCCAGUUAACUCUACCCUAGUUAACUUGCAUCGAGUCGUACACAUCUCUCUUCUACUUUCUCGCACAGUAGACAACAGUAACGACGACUCUACCUACGACUCACUCACGACUGACUUUCACAUUAACUUUCUGGCUUAUAUAGAGUCCCUAAUCGCUCCUCCAAAGUUGCACAAACACUGCUAAUAUCUUCUGGAACAACACGUUUAUACAUGUGGAUUCCAGAGAACACCCGCUGCAGUGUUAUCUUGCCGGGGUCACACGUAGUGACCUCUAUCUGUCACUGUUCAUUUGUAACACUGCCCCUUCUUAGAUCUGUUCGUCCCCUAGAACAACACGUGAGGACACACCCUGUCUUUAUUUAUACGCGUAGAUUCCAGAGAACACUCGCUGCUGUAUCAUCUCGCCGGGGUCACACGUUGACCUCUACUUAUCGCUGUUCAUUUGUAACAAUAUAUAUCUGUCGAAAAUAAAAUAAUCUCUUAACGUGAAAAAUAGAGGAAAACGGUGUAAUGUUUCUGUUUAUCUACCUUAGUGCUCUUCUUAUUUUAGCUAUUCUGUUGAAUGAUUGCCUGAAGCACAAUACUUGUAGUCACAUGUGAGAGAUUGGUGCAACUUCACCCAACCAUGCAACUUACCAGACACCAAAUUUACUUUUUCUUUCCUGUGCCUCUUACCUGAUAAUGUAUAAUUACCUCCUUGAAUGCCAGUUCAGGUAACUUAUAGGGUCAAGUACUGUGUAUAUGGAUCUACAUUUAGUGCGUGAAAAGUCAAAGCUUUGUUGUCAUAUUGUUAUUGCAUCAUUGAUAUUGUUGCAGAAAUAAUAACACUAUAAUCAAACCACAUGUCAUUCAUUUUUAUAAGAAUAUAAUUUUAUUGUAUAUAUUUAAUAUAUUUCAGAUUUUUUUUUUCAGAGGCACAACAUCCUGAAUUAAGAAUUUAAAAAAUCUUUUGCUGUUAUUAGUUUCUAAUACAUUUUAGGUUUAAGUGAAUACUGAUUUCUAUGUGUGUUACAUGUGUCUGGUUGAUUUAGCUAAUAUAAAUAUACCAGUUUGUGAUGUCCAUUACAAAAAUAUUAUAUAUUUUUAUUAAACUGUAUUUAUUCAUGUUGAUUAAACCUUCAGAUUUAAAUUUAAAAUAUCA